GUGCCGCCGCGGCCUCUUCCAGUGCGUACCGAAUCGCCGCUGAAGCGCGAGCUGCCGUCGCGAGUGUUGUGCAUAACCACGAGUUGCGGGUGCGGUGACAUUAACGUAUUUUCGGAAUCAAGGCCAAACAGUAGCACGAGCGAGAUGAGCAUCUAACCGAAGUAUUCAACAAGAAAUGGCGAUGCGUGGAGCUGGGGUGGCUGGGAGCGGUACCUCUCGGUCCCGGGGGGAAGCUCAGCGAACCCUGGACGAGUUUGAUGAGCUAGCAGGCAUACGAGGGGGUGAGGGAGGAGAGCGGUCAGUCUACGUGCUGGAACACCUGGCCACCUUCACAGUGACUAGAGAGACGGGGAUUGUCUACCCCGCGGACGGCAUGAGGAGGCUGCUGCAGCUGGAGAAAACCAAUGGAAUUUGGAGCCAAAAGAUGCAAUUGUCUUUGGAAGGACAGUGGGUUCUGGUUAUGGAUUACGAAACUGCUUCAGUGAUGGAGCGGUUUCCGGCUUCGUGGGUUCAUUCACCCACCGCAUUCACGUCUCCAGAACCAGCUGAGCUCUACAACAACGUGCUCGCCUUCGUAGUGGGAGCUCCUGCGUCACCGGCAGCCGGCUCCCACCAGGAGGGGAGGAGAGAGCUACAUAUAUUCCAGUGCCAUGACGUCAGCGCGCAGACACUCGUGGAAGAGCUUAACGCUCUAAAGGGUGUCGGUCGAGACGGUUCCGCUGACGGAGGCCGCGACUUCAUUAUCGAGCGGGAGCGGGAGCGCGAGCGAGAAACAGAAAGCGACAGACCUCAGAGACAACAAAUGUCCGCGCAAUUGGGCCGCGACAGAGAAAGAGAAAGGGAUAGAGACAGAGACCGUAGCGGCUCCGGGGGCGAAAGAGACGACGCGUCUUCCACAGGCUCCGAGCGUCUAUACGAACAAGACAUCGCCAUAUUGAACCGUUGCUUCGACGACAUAGAGAAGUUCAUAGCAAGAUUACAGCAUGCGGCUGCAGCUUCAAGGGAGUUGGAGAGGAGGAGAAGAUCCCGAGGAGGCAAGCGAGCGGCGGCUGGUGAAGGAAUGCUCGCAAUGAGAACCCGUCCUCCGCCGGAGCGCGAUUUUGUCGAUGUCCUGCAGAAAUUUAAGCUGUCCUUCAAUCUGUUGGCACGUUUGAGAGCUCAUAUCCAUGACCCCAACGCUCCGGAGUUGGUUCAUUUCUUGUUCACGCCGCUGGCGCUUAUUGUGGACGCAGCACAGGACGUCGCCGACGGCCGUCUUCCAGCUAGGGUUGUGCAACCUCUCCUCACGAGGGAGGCCUUGAACCUUCUGGCGAAUUGCGUGACAAGCAAAGAAACUGAACUGUGGCACUCAUUAGGAGACGCUUGGCUGAUACCCAGGGAGCAAUGGAAAACACAGAUACCACCAUAUCAACCAGUUUUCAUGGAUGGGUGGACUCCAGAUUACCAAGUCGAUGACCAACCUUUACGCAGGUCAUCGCCCAGACGCAGCGAGCUGGGCAGGGGUACAAUGGAACGGGGCGUGGAAAGGAGCGAGGGCGGGCAGGUGGCGGGUUUCACGUUCGAACGAGAGGAACCCGAGAUAUACAACGAGCAAUACGCUCCGUUCGCCAGAAAUAACUUGAGACCACCAAUCGGCCGCGAAGAUUCGGGCUCCGCUGCCUCAUCGCCCGACAGAGAGCCUCCGUAUCGCCCCGCAGACCGAGAUGAAGCAGAUUUGGGUGAAGCGUGGGCCCGGGGCGUUGCGGCCCGGGGAGGCCGCGUUGUGCGCGUCACCUACCCUCGCACUGCAAAUAACGAUAAAGAAUUAACUGUCGUUAGGGGAGAGUAUUUAGAGGUUCUAGACGAUUCGAGAAAAUGGUGGAAGGCACGUAACAGACGCGGCGUGUCAGCACACGUGCCACACACCAUCGUGGCUCCCGCGUUUUCCCCGCCUUCGUCACCACACCUAUACCCUAAUCCGAUAUACACACAUUACCAGGAUGGAGGGGGGAGAGCGUCGGGCGGCAGCAGUCCCACUGCGGCACCGGAGAGACCAGCGCCAAAGAUUGAGGCGGCAGCUCCACCGCCCCCGCCGCCGCCUCCUCCACCCCCGGAGCCGCCAUCACCGCCACCCAUCAAAUCUGAUACUUUGAAAUCCACCAAAUCGAUAAUGAGCACUGGCGGCAGUCUCCACGAUGAACUGAAGCUAGUACUGCCCCAGAUACAGCAAAGAAGAAACAAACUCGACAUCAAGAAGACUCCAGAUAUAUUCAUUGAUCAGAAAUCGAAUCCGGACGAGGUUGUGGAAUGGCUCGAAGCAAAGGGUUUCAGCAAUGCCGCCCAACGCCAGCUGAGGAUGUCGGGACACCAGCUAUUCGCGCUGUCCAGAUCUCAGCUGGAGAGGGCACUGGGCCAGGAUGAGGGGAAACGACUGUACAGCCAAAUUUUGGUCCAGAGGAACGUGUCUGGGGUGAGUGGAGUUCACGUACAAGACGACCUCGGCAUCAGAGCUUCAGAGCAUCCUGAGGAAAGUACGAGAGAAAGUCGAAGUCUCAUGAUGGAGUACCUCCCAGGAAUCGACGAAGAUGCAUCCUAUUGUUAAUGUUUAAUUUUAAAACGUAGAUUAGAUUAAGAGUGCCUAUCCAACGGAGUGGAGCUAGCCAGUGUAGCGGAGAAACGCACCCUUAAUUUGACAUUUAAGAGAUGAAAAUGUUUGACUGAAAUUGUUUUUUUCAGUACAUUCUGCGAUUAUACAAAUAUGACUAUAAUUACUUUAAGCUGAAUGUCAUUAAAAUUAGUAGUAAAUAUUACUACUGCAUUUUAUUUUUACUAUUAUUACUAGUAUAGGUAGUAUAUUUAUUAGUAUUAACAAUAGCACGUAAUUUUCUCACAACUGCUAUAGUCCGUUAAAUAUAGCACGAUAUUGGGGACAGUUGUCAUAAAUUC